AUGCACUCCUUUAUAACGGGACUGCAGCAAUUCAUGCUCGGCAUUGGGUCGCUUGUGGCCAGCUGGAUCGCUUACGGUGGCUACACCAACUUCCCGGCGACGACAAGUAAACAGUGGCGGAUUAGUCUUGGUAUCCAGAUUGUUCCAGCUGGCUUCCUCGCAGGACUCAUAUUGCUUUUUCCAGAGUCUCCGAGAUGGCUCCUUGACCAUGGCCACGCGGAAGAAGGGCUUCACACCCUUGCCAAGCUGCAUGCGCACGGCGACACGGAGGACCCCUGGGUUCGCGCCGAGUUCGACCAGAUCCAGGAUAUGAUCACCUACGAACACGAGAACGAGGCCAAAUCAUACGCCGAGCUCUUUGCGAACAGAAGCUCCCUCCGCCGCCUAUUCUUGGCUUGCGCAUUGCAGGCUGCCUGCCAAAUGACUGGAGUCUCCGCCAUCCAAUACUACAGCCCUGUAAUAUUUGCACAGAUUGGCAUUCCAACAGGCAAGACUUUGCAAUAUCAGGGGAUAAACUCGAUCAUCGCGCUCGUGGCACAAUUUCUCUGCAUCAUGUGUAGGCGGCAGGCACGCCGCAAGAAACCGCUUCCGCCCCGCAUGGCGUCUUUCGCGCAUCCCCGGUCGUCGGACUCAUCGCAGCGUCGCGCAAGAGCUGCAACCGCCGUCCAGGCUUGUCAAACUUGCCGUAAUCGGAAGAGCAAAUGCGACGAGCAACGGCCAAAAUGUGGGCUGUGUCAGCGUCUCAAUGUGGAUUGCGAGUAUCGAGAGCCUUUGCCAACGAAGUAA